AUGAGUUAUUCCACCGUUGCGAAGUGGAAAUUUAUCGUCUGUGGAUUAAUUUUUGCGGCCACCUUCAACGCCCGAUCGGCGGCGGCAACUAGAAUAUUCGAUCUCGAAAAUAUUCCCAUCAUCAAGUACGUAGCAGUAGCCGGCAAAAACGUUACGCUGGACUGUCCGGGCGUCAACGAGCGCUCGCUGGCGGAAACAUUAGUCUGGCGCACGACCCACACCAUUGCCGAGUACAUCAACGGCUUGCCAUUGGUUAGCAAUCAGCGGCUCACACUGUUACCUGAUAAUUUUAGUCUUCAUCUCAGUCCCACCGUUGCCUCCGAUACGGCCGAGUAUAGCUGCUUGCUAAACGACCGCCACAGUCCGGAAGCCAUCGUCGAUUUGCUGGUACAAGAUGUUCCCGAGCCACCCGGACGUCCGCUGGUCGUAAGCUUUACGUCACGUUCGGUCGAUUUAUCCUGGGCACACUCGCAGGACCCCCGAAAUGCACCGGUUACAAAUUUCAUCAUCGAAACACGCAUUGGCGAAAAUGGUGACUGGGAGCAGGAGCCUCCGAUCGACACCAAGAGUAACGUGGCUUCGUAUCAGGUGACAGGGCUGCAGCCGUUCACCGUCUACAGCUUCCGAGUCAUCGCCGUCAACAAGCUCGGCAGCAGUCAGCCAUCAAAAGAAUCGUACUAUUUUGUAACGCUGCGUGAAGCUCCGACGGGAAAACCGGUAACAACAAUCGCGCACAACACUUCCGCCACCUCUGUAUAUAUCUCGUGGAAGGCUCCUCCGCCGGAAUCGAUACUCGGCGAGUUUCUCGGCUAUCGGAUAACGUACCGGCCGCGGGACUACCACACGGACGACGUCAAAGAGAUCUACAUCCGCGAUAGUGCCGUUGAGAACCAUGAAAUUCAUAACCUCGAAACGUACACGCAGUAUCUGGUCUCGAUACAAGUGUUCAACCCGGAAGGAUUAGGACCGCCGACCACCGUGCUGGUUAUGACAGAUGAAGGAGAGCCAAGUCCACCUCAGAAUCUGACCGUGCUAGAGGUGACGUCUACAACGAUCAAGCUAACGUGGCGGGAGCCAGAAAAGGCCAACGGUGCCAUCCACGGGUACCGUGUAUAUUACAUCCAUCUUAAUCAAACCGAGCUUCACAUGCCGAUACUGAAACUGAACGAAAUGCAAAAUUCCGUUUACCAUUACACACUGUCCAACUUGAAACCCUUCACCGAGUAUCGCAUUCUGGUGACGGCCUUUACCAAAAAACACGACGGCAAACCGUCGGAAGUGACGCAGCGGACUGAUGUGAGUGGUCCUAGUGCUCCGAAGGUGGUCAAUCUUACGUGCCACUCACACAAUGCACUGUACUACGGUUGGCGUAUUCCGCAAACCUACUACAACACGAUCGAUCUGUACAUCAUCAGCUACCGGAACAUUGCCUACCACGAUUUUCGUGAGAUCCGCAUCACCGUCAAUGCGUCCAUCAUGGAAACGUCGUUGAUCAUUCCAAAUCUCACCACCAACUCGGUGUACGAGGUAAAGGUGCGAGCUGCAUCGUAUAGCGUUAUCAACCCGAAGCAAAUCAUUCUCGGGUCGUACUCGGAACCGCGGAAGAUUUCACUUCAACUUAACUGCGAAAAGGCUCCACUGACGUCACUGAGGCAAGCGUACGAUGACUACAAUCUGGCCGUGUUGGCUGGCAUCGUGUUCAGCUGCUUCGUGCUGCUGCUCAUCGUGUUGGCGCUAAUACUAUGGAAAAAGUGCUUCCAUGCGGCGUACUACUAUCUUGAUGAUCCGCAACCCUGCCAAGGUUCGCAGGCUGGCCUGAUAGACUGGGAAGGACCCAGUGAUGUUGGAGGGGAAGUGCGGUGUCCGGUGCUAGUGAGUGACUUUGCGAAGCAUGUCGCACAGCUACACGCCGACGGUGACAUCGGUUUUAGCAAGGAGUACGAAGCUAUCCAGGGCGAAGCGCUUAACGACGAGUAUCCUUCGGAAAACUCGCAGCACCCGGAGAACAAGGGCAAAAACCGUUAUCUGAACGUCAUUGCUUAUGACCACAGUCGAGUACACCUGCGCCAAGUACCGGGCCAGAAGAAGCAUCUGGAUUACAUUAACGCCAACUUCAUCGAUGGCUAUCAGAGGCCGCGAGCCUUUAUCGGCACCCAGGGGCCGCUGCCCGGAACGUUCGACUGUUUCUGGCGCAUGAUCUGGGAGCAACGGGUGGCCGUGAUUGUGAUGAUCACGAACCUGGUCGAGCGGGGUCGCCGUAAGUGUGACAUGUACUGGCCGAAAGAUGGCACCGAAACGUACGGCAUCGUGCAAGUGCGCCUGGUGAAGGAGGACGUGAUGGCCACGUACACGGUGCGAACGCUGCAAAUCAAGCAUCUGAAGAUGAAGAAGAAGAAACAGUCGCAACAGGAGAAAACCGUUUACCAGUAUCACUACACCAAUUGGCCUGAUCACGGUACGCCCGAUCAUCCACUGCCGGUGAUUAAUUUCGUGAAAAAGUCUACCACCGCCAAUCCGCCCGAUGCGGGACCGAUCGUGGUGCACUGUUCGGCAGGUGUAGGGCGUACCGGAACCUUUAUCGUGUUGGAUGCGAUGCUGAAACAGAUCGAAGCGAAGGGAACACUGAACGUGUUUGGUUUCCUUCGGUACAUUCGCGCCCAGCGUAACUAUCUCGUGCAGACCGAGGAGCAGUACAUAUUCAUACACGAUGCACUGGUCGAGGCCAUCGAUAGUGGAGAGACGAACAUCAAAACAGACGCUAUCGGUGGACUGGUGAACCACCUUGACUACAUUGACGAGCAGUACAAGCUUAUCGUCAGUUACCAACCGAAAGAGAUCAAUCUCACGUCCUCAAUGAAGCCGGUCAACGCCGUCAAGAACCGAAGUUCGCUGGUGCCGCUCGAAGGCAGCCGGGUCCAUCUAACUCCAAAACCAGGCGUCGAGGGUAGUGAUUACAUUAACGCCACCUGGUUGCAUGGUUUCCGGCGACUGCGUGACUUUAUCGUGACCCAGCAUCCGCUGAUCGAAACAUUCAAAGACUUCUGGCAGAUGGUAUGGGACCACAACGCUCAGACGGUCGUAUUGCUCUCCUCGGUGGACAACAUGUCAUUCCUACAGUUUUGGCCCAACGAAUCCGAGCCGAUUGAAAGUGAUUACUAUCGGAUCCGGCUUGUGUCGGAAACUUCCGAGGGUGAUUACAUUGUCCGUAGUUUCGUUAUACAAUCUAUACAGGACGACUACGAGCUCAGUGUGAAAAUGUACGAAAACCCCGCAUGGCCCGACAUGAACAACACACGCGGUAUAUUCGACUUUGUACUGCGUGUUCACGAGCGCUGUAAUGAAUAUCGCAACGGACCGAUCGUGGUCGUUGACAGAUAUGGUGGGUUCCAGGCGUCCCAGUUCUGUUGCGCCAGUUCGCUCGCGAUGCAGCUCGAGUAUGAUCGAACCGCCAACAUCUACACGUACGCGAAACUGUACCACAAUCGUCGGCCCGGUAUCUGGACGUCGUAUGACGACAUUCGACAGAUUUACCGAAUACUUUCGUACAUGCCGCCAGAUCUUGGAUUGCUGCGGUGCACCGAGCUGCGUACCGAGUUCGACGAUGCGGCAAUGAUGACCGCCACACCCGAUCUGUACAGUAAGAUAUGUAGCAACGGUAGCAUCAACAACCAGCUAGGUGGUGGUGGUACGCCAGAAGGCGUAGGCAAUGGCACAACGACGCUGGUGAAUGCGCAAUCGUCGGGCGGCAAUACACCGAAUGCUGUCGGUCCAACGGUUGGUGGUGCAGGUGCUGGUAGUGUGGUCCUAGGUGGAGGCGGGGUGGCCGCAACAGCCACCACUCUUCAGAAUGGUGGUACCGUCAUCGUCAAGAUGAACGGUGAGGACAACGAUGAGCUGUCAGUCGUGGUGGCCGCUGGCAAUCAUCAUCUGAACCUCGAUCACAAUCAGUCGUAAAUAUUGCGUGAACGUGAAAAUGUGCAUUUAAUUUGCCACUGACCCGUUUUCCGCUUGCCACUGGGCUACCAUUUGUAAUCGUGGCGCGUAGUGGCGUAGCUUAACGGAACGUGU